UGUCAGGUGGAACUAAACUCAGUCAGCGUUGAGGGCGGACGGAUUUGAGUGACGUACGUGUGCCCGAGGUUUGGUUUGGGUUUAUGAAAGAAAGUCAAGUUAGAAUUAAUAUAAUCGGACAUGUCAAUUAGACAGCAAAAUAGAUAGCCGAAUGUAUAAAUAUGUUAUUAAGACAUUGGUUUUACAGUGCGAAGAGGAUCAUUGUCUUAAAACCUCAGAGGCUAACAUACACAGCUCUGUGGCGGUCGGUUAACUGUCACACGGGUCCUGACGUUGUUCUACAUCUGAAUGGGCAAAAAGGAGUCCCUGACAAUCAGGUAACAAAAAGGCGCAAAAAAGAAAGACCGUCAUGUCAGCCAGUACUGGACUGCUUUGACCAGCAGUACAGUCAGGAACUGGGAGACCUAUGGGCACCUGCAAGAGCAGUGCUCCUGGACCCUCACUCAUGGCAGUAUGGGGUCAUGCUCAACAGCUUCAGCACUGUGACAGGCAUCACGCAGAUUCUCCAAUCACAGGGCUUUUCCACAUUGCUGCCGCAAAAAGGUGUCUCCACGUUGCUUGAUAAUGGCUCCUCAACAAUGUCAAAUUCUAAACACCAAGCAGGAAAAGACUCUCUGUUGCCACCUGACGACAUUUCAAAGUGCCCUCCCAAUGACUCCUGUCUCCAACCUGACAGCACCUCUCAUGCGCUCGAUCAAGACCUUCAAUCAGAUCCUUCACUCAGUUUGCCCCGUCCUACACUACAAUGUUACAUCCAUCCAUACCCACUGUGGUUUCCCUCUCAGGCUCACAGGCCUGGACAGAUGAAGCAGUACUAUCUUCUGAAUGCUGCCUCCCUGCUUCCAGUGCUGGCUUUGCAAGUUAGAGAUGGAGACAAGGUUUUGGAUCUUUGCUCUGCCCCUGGGGGCAAAGCCGUAGCCAUAAUACAGUGUGCCACCCCAGCACUUCUCUGCUGUAAUGAACCUGACCCCCACAGACGGGACUGGCUGGCCAAAACUCUGGAGUCUUUUCUGCCUCAGUCACUAACCAACAGAGUGAUUGUGUCCGCACAGGACGGACGGGCUUUUGGGCAAAGUGAAGCAGGAGCAUAUGACAAGGUUUUAGUCGAUGCUCCAUGUUCAAAUGACAGGAGCUGGUUGUAUUCUUGCAGCAGCCAGCAGGGGGAACAGAGACUGAAGGAAAGAUCCGGGCUGCCUUCGCUCCAGGCUCAACUGCUUAGGUCUGCGCUGUCAGCAGUGCGUCCAGGGGGUGUUGUGGUCUAUUCAACGUGUACUCUAUCCAGUUCUGAGAACUAUGCUGUGGUUGAGACGGUGCUGAAUGACUGUCCUGAGGCUGAACCGGAAGACCUGUGGGAGGAGAUUGCCAUUCCUUUAUCAAAAUACUUUACAUUUAAUCCUGCUCACCCUGGUCAUGGACAGACGGCUCACAAGCCAUCCCUGCAGCUACAGAAUGGCCCCUCGUCCUCUUAUCAUCACAAACUCGGGAUUUUAGUGGUUCCUCAGCCCGGCAAGACAUGGGGACCCAUGUUUUUGUCUCGGAUUAGAAGAAGGAAAUAAAACAAUGUAUCUUCCUGUCCAGAAAAAAUGUGUUGAAACAGGUGGCUAAACAUAAACAUUUCCUUUGGACAACUUUUGUUAAUACUCACUUUUUUGAGAUGCAAAGUACCUCAUGGAACUGGGUUGUAACUCACUCACAACCUUUUUCCUCUGCACCCAAAUGGCCAAAACAAAUCAUCAAUUGCAGGUUUAAUUGUUUUCUUUUAGAUUUUGCAACCCACACCCUUUUUAUUUAUUCUAUGUCAUUAUGAUUUAUUGUUUAUGGAAACUACUGACACAGUAGAUGUACAAUUAGAUGAUAUUGACUGAACAUGUUUUGUAAAUGCUUCACAUUAAUAACUGUGUCCAAUAAUGAAAUUGAUAAUACUAUAACACUGCAAUAUUCUACAAUGUAAGGUUGUAAUAUUAAAAAUGAAUUCCAGUGUAUUCCAUUAUAGUAGUGCUUAUGGUGUGAGUUUUAGUUUUCUAAGUACUAUUUGACUGGUAUUUAGAGAACAACAUAUGACAGUAAAAGACAGAAACUCACAUUCAGAAUUUCCAUCUUCCAGCCUUAAGUGAGGUUGCGUUCAUUAAAUUUUGAUUAACUUGUGA